GAUGAACAGCCGUUCCCAUUGCUCUGCUCGUAGUCGCUCUGACGAAAGACCUUCAGGCUCAACAAAUAUCGUUGAAUCCGUCUUCGCUCAAGGUGCUCUACAUCCGAUAGUUUCAGACCAUCGAGUAAUGGCCGAUACGAGCCCCAUCUUUUUCUGGAGGGAGACUCACCCGCGCUGGGGAUGGCUCUCUCAAUGGUACGAGUGCGAGUUUGAGCAUGACGGGAUUGUGUAUGUAACAGCCGAGAUGUGGAUGAUGAUCUCGAAAGCAAAGCUGUUCAAGGACGAGGAUUCUGUGCAGAAAAUGCUACGCACACGCAGUCCCAAAGAACAUCAAGCUCUCGGCAGGAAGGUGGCUAACUACGACGCAAAGAUUUGGAAUCAAUACAAGGAGCAUAUCGUUGAGAAGGGCAAUUACCUAAAGUUUACGAAGAGUAAAGAUGAGAACAUGAAGCGCAAGCUCUUGGAGACCAAUGACCGGGAACUCGUAGAAGCAUCUCCGGUAGACCGAAUCUGGGGAGUAGGCUAUUCCGAAAAAGACGCCGAAUCCAAUCGAAAGGACUGGGGCCAGAACCUGUUGGGCAGGGCGAUCACCCGGGCGAGGAUCACUAUCAAGCAGGAAGAGAAGGAUCUCGACAAGAGCAUGUCUACCUGGAUUGGAUGAUGACUUCGACGAUAUAGUCUGAAUAUACUAGCUGGAAGCCCUACUGCAGAUUCGUAUGUCAAUAAGAAAUUGUAUGAAUAUGAUCUUAUGUAUAGAGCUCGAGAUCGACAUGUAAACGUAAACAAUACAGGAUCGGUGGCUUCGAU